AUGUUAGGAACAGUGAAGGCACAGUGGCUGUUCGCGACGGUGGUGUUGUUCUCGGUGGUGGUUUCGUGUAUGGCGACGGAUGAGGCGUCGGGGAAUAUGGAGUACGAUUUCUAUAGGAGCUCGUGUCCUCAGGCCGAGACCAUUGUGAGGACGAAGAUGGCUUGGAUUUACCGGCAGCACAGGAACGUCUCGGCUCAGUUGCUGCGUCUAUUUUUCAAUGACUGCUUCAUUAAGAUCAAGGAGGAGCUCGAAAAUGCUUGUCCAGGGGUGGUAUCUUGUGCCGAUGUACUUGCUCUUGCCACAAGAGAUGGCAUCAUUCUGGCUGGUGGCCCAUAUUAUCCAGUCUUGACAGGUAGAAAAGAUAGCACACAGUCCUACUUUGAUGAAGCACUGGAGGAGAUUCCAAGGCCUGAUGACAAUAUCACUCAUAUAUUGCAUCUCUUCUCAAGUAGAGGUUUCAGUGAUAGAGAAACAGUUGCUCUUCUAGGUACUCACUGCCUCUCUAUUCCUCAUUCCAACUUGAUUUGA